GCCGAACGUCAGUUUAUGCAAAUCCUUUCCGGAAAGUAAAGCAGCUCUCUCGCUCUCUUCUCCUCUCUCUACCCUCGUGUCCGACAAUCAUCCCUACUCCUCCUCUCUCUCCUCGCCUGUCUCCCCCCUCCUCCGUCUCCUCUCUCUCAUCGCUCGGACGAAGGAGUUCUAGGAGGAUCAGAGGAACGAUUUGGAAAGGCGACUCCUUGUGCUGCCUCCCCCCCCGCUGCUGCCUCGGGUUUAGAAGGAAACUCUGGUUGGAGUGAACGGCCGCACGCAGCGCACGCUCGUGAUCGUGACGAUAGCGAUUGUUUUCUGGGUUUACAUCGUCUUCAAGUUGUCUUCUUCAUCAUCAUCAAACUCAUGAUCGUCAACUAAAGUUACCAUCAUCUUUUAUCACAAUCAUUCUUGAACUUACCAAUCGCAACUCAGCAAACGUAGCCAUCACCAAACGCAACAAUCAUCAAAUCAUCAUACCAGUAAUUAAUCACCAAUUAAUCGUGAAAGCCAUCAUCAUUAACAGGCAUCACCCAAACUCAAUAUUAAAACAUCGCCCGUCAAUAACAUUUCCGUAUCAUCAUCAUCACCGCCGUGGUUGGUGUCUUGCAUCGAGAAGACGAAGAAGACUUGCAAGCCUCUUCGUAUGCGAAGACUUCCCCAGUGUUUGUGUUCAUGUCCUCGUCACACUAACGUCACCUGCACAGCCAUGAGCGAGAUCUCACCUGCCCAGCACAUCAUCAAGUGUGCAGGUCAUGAAAAGUACGACACAAAGGCGGACAGAUUUAUGCGAUGAAGGCCAUCCCACCUGCUUGUGCCACACCAACCUCAACAAUAAUAGGCGCUCGUGAAGAGUAACCGGCCCCCCUGAUGUGCAAGCGGAUAAGGCCGAGGGCAUCAGCUACACGCCACCACUGAGUCCGCUGCCGGCCCCGGGCAGUGUGGCCCAACCGGGCAGCGCACGGGCACAGCCCAGCCCACGGCUCAGCAUGGCGCCCGAGGAGGCCGGCCGCAUCCCACUCAACCUCGCCGCCCACCCGUUCGUAUGGAGCAAGGACGACGUGGCUCAGUGGCUGCGCUGGGCCGAGGAGGAGUUCUCUCUGCGAGCGGUCGACUCGGGGCAGUUCGAGAUGAAUGGCAAGGCGUUGUGCCUGCUCACCAAGGACGACUUCCGCUACCGCUCCGCCAGCGCCGGUGACGUCCUGUACGAGCUGCUGCAGAGAAUACUGACCAAGUCCAAGUGUCAGCCGUGGAGCACCCUGCAGCUCUGCUUUACAGAUUCUUCGCCGCAGCCCUCGCAGCGCUUCAUCGUCCUCAAGGACUCUCCCGUGGGCACGCCGCGGCCUUCUCCGCAGCACCGGGCGGCUUCCAACGGCACCGGCGGUGGCGGAGGAGACGCCGCCGGUGCCGCCGGUGCCGCCGGUGCCGCCGCCGGCGCCACCGGCGAGACGCCGCGCGCCAGCCCUGACGACGCCGUCACGCGCGCCCCCCCACAGCCGUCGUCGCACCGCGACGGCAACUGCCGCCCCGUUGCGGUUUCACCGCCGCGGCCCGACCCCCAUCCCCUCCAGCUCCACCUCCACCAAAACCACCACCACCAGCAGCAGCAGCUGUACCAGCAGCAGCAUCAUUACCAGCAGCAGCAGCAGCAACGCCUGCUGGGCCCCGUGCAUGCCGUGCGCUUCGCGGGAGCAGGCAGCGAGGAACAGCCGCUCAACCUGUCCCACCAGCCCCAGGAGGCCUCCUCGUCCGACCAGCCGAUAGGCCGCAUUGCAGACUGCCGCCUGCUGUGGGACUACGUGUACCACCUGCUGUCGGACUACCGCUACGAGAGCUACAUCCGCUGGGAGGACCGCGAGCUGCGCGUCUUCCGCAUCGUGGAGCCCAACGGGCUGGCCAAGCUGUGGGGGAUGCACAAGAACCGGGUGAAUAUGACGUACGAGAAAAUGUCACGAGCGCUGAGACACUACUACAAGCUCAACAUCAUAAAGAAGGAGCCCGGCCAAAAGCUGCUCUUCAGGUUUCUCAAGAGCCCAGAGGAGAUUGUGCAGAGCAAAACCGACAAGCUGGAGCGCAUGGAGGCGUGCGAAGCGGAUGGCGCCGCCUUCAAGGACGAGGGCGACUGGUGAGGGGGCGACGACUCGGCGGGGGAACGGGCUCAUCCGCCUCGGCGCCGGUUUCCACGCCGCUACCGGCAGAGACGGGAAAGGCAGCCGGGCGUUGAACACCAGCUUCUGCGGCCUCUUUACACCAGUUUUCCAUUGGCGCAUCCCAGCCGAGCCAGCCGCAGGACCUUUCCACGGCACACGGGUGGGUUUUUUUUCCCCCACUGGCUAUUUGCCGAGCCGAGCCGAAUCGUGGCCCCUCAGGUGAAAACUCUGGCCUCUAAAGACAUCGCAAUGGGGCUCGGGACCGAGCGGGACCAGGAGUGACGUCGGUCGGUAACACUGCGAGGAUGCAACGUCACCACGUCCUCUCGGACUUGCUCGUUGCACGGGACCAUGUGCGGUGGCGUACGGCUCGGCCUCCGCAGUGGAAAAACGACCUGGGUGCCUCCAAAGCUGUGCCAAGCUGGCUCAGCAUGGCACCACCGGCAACGACUCGGUUGUGCAGUGGAAAAAGAGGUGUAGGUUUAGCAUUGUGAAAACAUAUCUCCCCUUUUCUAUUCCAGUACUAUUAUUAUUAUUUCAUCACUUCCACACAGGUGCUGUUGGAUGUGCCUUAAGUGCGGUGCUCACUUGGGGAAAACGAGUUCCCGCUGACCUCUGCGUGCCUGGCUCUCUAGGCGGUAACUCUCGCGAAAAAAAAAAAACAGUUUUUACCGAGAGCUGAAGACAAUUCUCGCAGCCUGCGUUGUGCGACAUCCGGGGAGCCCUGGCGGUGGACGUCCGUGCCGAUCGUCGGCGGGACGAGAAAAGCAAACGGGCUCGAGACGCAAUGAGGAACCACCUCACCAGGGCCACUGCGCCAACGGCACUUGCACAUCGCGGAUUCGCGGAGACAUACGAUUGUGUUGCGAAUUUUUUAAAAACGCUCUUCACCGUUACCCCUCAAACGAACACAAAAAAGACACAAACCACGCACUGACGAAAAAUCAGAUGCGAAACUUCUGAUUAAAGCCCCCAUUUAAAGCUUUGAGCUGUUGGGGAAACUGCAGAGUGGAUUGGUACGAAGUUAAAAAACACAAAAGGACACGGCUGGGGUUUCUGUCGUCACAAACAGCAACAACCAUCGAACGUUUCUUGUACAGACGGACUUUAGUUUGUUGAGGAACUGCUUUAGGUUCUUCUAUACACACGUUGGUCAAAAUAUUGCACGGUUUUUUUUAUCGGAGUGCACUGUGUAUUUGUGCAAAUGACAUUGAACAGAAACAACCAUUGUGCCUAACUUUAUUGCUGUUUGUUUGGGGGUUACAGGUUCGCAAGGUACGGCACUGUUAUCGCAGGAUUAAAAUGAACUUGAUGUUUCUCGCUUAAGUCAACGUCUUAUAAUUAAACCGCGGCACGACAACGGUGUGUGUAAUAAUUUUCCUGGUGGCGGGUUUGAUUCCGAGAAUAGCUGUGCGAAAAGCAUUUCUGAUGAAUUACUGCGUGCAUAGCAAUUGGACGUUUCAAAGGCAUUUGGAAGAUUCAAAGGGGUGGUUCACAAUAUUUACAGCGUGAUUAUUUUUCUAAAGGCAACAACAAGACGAGGCCCGUGCUAACGAACACGACCCAGCUGUGCCAGUUAAAAUGCUGUUUGUGCAGCACCGUGCUGAAGCUCUGCAGCACUCGGGGCAGCUGCACAAGUCACUGACAGCACACACCUAACGCUUUCUCCCCCCUCUGCUCUUUCUUGCAAGAACAAUGAUUGUAUCGGGGCUGGGCAAGGUGGCUCAGUUUGGGGGUUGAACUUUACUGAACGAGUUCCUGUGUUGUAAAUAUAGAAACUGUUUUUAUCGACUUACGUUUUUAUUUUUUUGUGCAGACUUUAUAUUGUUAUUUAUGCUUUGGUAGCAGAUGGGGGUUGUUAAAGAGUUGAUUUUUUCCCAGUUCCUUUUUUUGUUCAUGUUGUUUCCAAAUGAUUAUAUAUAUAAAAAAACGGAUGACGACACUGGAUCCAUUGUAAAAAGUCA